AGGACAAGAAGAGGACUCAUAUUUCGGUUACACAUUGUCUGUGCUUCCUGUCCGUUCCCGUCGGGGAUUUUGUCGUUAACUAGUCUAACAAUUUGGUCAUGUUUCGGAAUGUUGUGGGCAGAUUGGUGACGGAAACAGGACGUGUCCACCGCUGUGUGGAGAAUGCUCCUUUAUUACAGAGGCUAACAGCCGUCUCUGGGUCGGUCAGGAGCUUUUCGGAUGUGAAGGACGAAGUGCAGCAGCCUUUUGACAGCUCCCUGCUCGAGUUCCUGGUAUGUCCGCUGUCCAAGAAGCCACUGAGGUUUGAGGCUAAGACCAACGAGCUGAUCAACGAGGAGCUUGGUAUUGCCUAUCCCAUCAUUGAUGGUAUCCCCAACAUGAUCCCUCAGGAAGCCAGACUCAUACGGAAAGACACAGACCCCUCAACAACACCAAUACAAGGCUAGGACCUCCAUCACAACACCUUUGCUGACCCAAGCAAAGACUUCACAUUGUUGUGAUUUAAAAAAAAAAAAAAAAAAAAAAAAACUUUAAAAUUGUAGCUGGACCCUGCUCAUCUCAAAAUUGACAUAUUGUAUUACAGUGAGAACCUAUACUGCAAUAUAUCUGCUUUUGAUUUAUUACUCUAGUAGUGCUCUGUAUCAGAACCCAUCUGCAAAUAUGUUUUCCCUGUCCAUGAUGGUGGGCCUGGUCCCAAUAGUGUCACUCUUGGGUUUGUUCUACUCUGCUGCAGUGGAUGAGAACUUCCCUCAAGGCUGCACCAGCAACAGCAGUCUGUGUUUCUACAGCCUGCUGCUGCCUGUCACCAUCCCCGUCUACGUCUUCUUCCACCUCUGGAGCUGGAUCGGGAUCAAGCUUUUUAGACACAACUAGGCUGUUAAACUUCAGUACAAUUAAAUCAUCUGUUCGUGACACACCUUGCAUUUCUGGACCCUUUCUGUCUCUUUGUUGAUAAAAGGUUUGACAUCACAUCAGCACAUUACAAGCACAGCUACAAUGGUGUUUAAUAGCCAAGUGUUCCUUUCUCUGCAAACACUAUAACGUAAUACUCCUGAAAUCCACAUUUUGAUUGAGAUAAAAAGGAAAUGGACACAUUGCAGGACAUGAGGCAGAACUAGAGGAGUGGAAUGAAGGAAAUUCAAUGCAACAAAAAAGUGUUGGAGGGCUUUAUUAAAAGCCAGAAGGUUAAUAUGUUACAGUCACAGCGGCUGGAAAAAAAACAAGCUCCUGUUGACAAGUUGUUAAAUGACAAAGUAGUACAGUAAAUCCUGAACAUUUGGUUGGUCAGUGUGUGGCAGAAAUGGAAGGUUGAUUGUUUGUGUACGACAUAUGUUCAUUGCUAUGGAGGUGAAAUGAAUGACAAUAAUACACAACUUAACAUUGACACUUUACUGUGCUUCAUUGAAGACCACUUUUAAAACUCAACAAUGUAUCUUAAAGACUGUACAGUGAGUAAAUCACUGGUUCUACACAAUAAAUAAACUUUAAUUGAU